AAGUCUAAAUAAUGACUAUAACUGUAUGGAAAUAACUGUGUUUGAAACUAAAGUUGACACAUACAACAUUGCAUUUGCAACCUUUAACUCCUAAAGCAAUCCUUCUGACAAUAGAACAGAAAGAAUUGGUAAAAGAUUAUAUAUAAUUUUCUAGUGUUUUAUCCAGAAACUGGACAGUUUUUGUCCAGAUUUUGGUCUCAGUGACUUUUUUGGUCUGAACAGUUUUGCCGAAAUAAUUUGUCGUGAUUUAUUUUUUAUGAUUGUAACAUCAUUCAGAUUUUUUGAAGGAAAAAAAAAUCACCUAGCAACAACAAAACAGUUGAACUCAAAGUGUAGUAUUAAUCUUUUCAUUGCAGGAGGAUCAAGUUCAAACUCAUGUUCUACUGAUAACAUUUAUUCAAUCUUAUAUAAGAAAAAUGAAAAGUUACAGGAAAUAUUUUCUCAUGUGCAUCUUUUUAUUUAAGUGAAAAAUGACUUUAUCUGCCAUUGCACUAAAAAAAAAUUCACUGAAAACUAAAGAUUAAAGGCGAGGAAAUGUGUGUGAUUGCAAGUGGUUGUACACACUCCACUGUAGGUUCUUAUCUUAUCUCUUAUCAGCUGGGUUCUGGUGUGGUUUAGUAAGUUAUUUCAUUACAGCAAGAUUCCAGCAGGUGGCUAUCUGUCUACCCUGGAUGGGCUGCCUGUCUCUCAGGCUUGCUGACAUACUGACUGGUUAGGAGUGCCAGUCAGGAGAGAUUUUAUGACCCCCACCUUGGAUCGAAGUCCACUUGCAGGCCUCAAACUACCGUCAGUCUUUCUGAGCUGUUGAGCCUGACCACCUGCAGCACUUUCUCCGACUGUCCCGCUGUGUCUGUUAGGACGUCCGACUUCUGUAACAAUGGAGGUUGGGUUAAACUGAUUGUGGAUUUUCUGUCCCACAACUCAAGAUGGACAGACCUGGUUAUGGCUUGGAGCAGCCUCAGCCUCUUUUUCACCAAAUUUGUAAUUACCCAGAGGAUCUUUCAGCUUUGGAGGGAUCUUCAACAUCUCAGGAGCAAAAGACAGAGCAGAACAGCAGGACAGAGCCAGAGGAGAGCUGCCCCGUUUGUGGUGACAAGGUGUCGGGAUACCACUAUGGACUGCUCACCUGUGAGAGCUGCAAGGGCUUCUUCAAACGCUCAGUGCAGAACAACAAGCACUACAUCUGUGCUGAACAACAGAGCUGCCCCAUGAACCUUUCCCAGAGAAAACGCUGCCCUUUCUGCCGCUUCCAGAAGUGUUUGGCUGUUGGUAUGAAGAGAGAAGCUGUGAGACCGGAUCGGAUGAGAGGCGGCAGGAAUAAAUUUGGGCCUAUAUACCGACGGGACAGGCAGAUGAAACGACAAAAGGCAAACACUGCUCCCUUCAGGACUGAGAAGGAAACUACACAGACACACUGCCCCAUAUCUCCAAACGAUCCUCACCUUUCAGGCUGUCGUUCAAUCGAUCCAUCAUCUUCAGAUGGCUUCAGUGUAACCUACAUGUAUCCCAGCAGCACGGGGCAGGGAGGGGAACUCAAGCCUCUGGACUCCUCCGUGAACCACAGAGUGCUCACUCCUCCCUCUCUACCUUAUCCUGGAGCAUACUGCUCCUUAUCUGGAUUCCCGCAGGAAAAAGGAGAGUUUUUUCUCAGUUACAGCUCAGCUUCCUCACAAUACCCAGAGAGUUUGACCCCAAAGACUGCAACCACAUCCAGAAAAUCCCCUGAAUCAUCACCUUGCUCUACACCGAACUCAGCUGCAGCUCCAUCCCAGUUUUUGAGUAAAACACCAACCACUCCUCCAUCUCCUCAUUCUCGUAGCUUCCUGAACCAGCUCAUGGAAGGUGAACAAGAUGAGAGCCUUCUGUGCACCAAAGUUCUGGCCAUUCUGCAGAGAGAACAGGCCAAUCGAGGGAAACACGAUCGUCUAAACACAUUUAGCAUCAUGUGCAAGAUUGCUGACCAGACGCUGUUUGGGCUCGUGGAGUGGGCCAGAAAUACGGACCUCUUCAAGGAGCUGAAGGUGGAGGACCAGAUGGUGCUGCUGCAGAGCUGCUGGAGUGAGCUGCUGGUCCUGGACCACCUCUGCAGACAAGUCACAUAUGGCAAAGAGAGUUGCGUCUAUCUGGUCACAGGUCAACAGAUUGAGGUGUCAACAAUUGUUUCCCAGGCUGGAGUGACACUCAGUAGCUUGGUGUCAAGGGCCCAGGACCUGGUGGCCAAACUUAAGGCACUCCAGUUGGACAAACAGGAGUUUGUCUGUCUCAAAUACCUAGUGCUGUUCAACCCUGAUGUGAAGUCAGUACAGAACCGCAAGCAAGUCGAGCUAACUCAAGAGAAGGUCAACAGGGCCCUGAUGGAGCACACUCAGAGAAAUAACCCAGGACACUCAGACAAAUUCGGCCAGCUGCUUCUCCGUCUGCCCGAGGUACGCAGCAUUAGUUUGCAGGUGGAGGAUUAUUUGUACCAGCGCCACCUAUUAGGAGACUUACCCUGCAACUCCCUGCUGGCAGAGAUGCUGCAUGCCAAACACAGUUAAGAGGCUGGAACUAAGUGACACUGGGGAGGCAGGCGCACAACUGCUGCUGCUCCUUUCCUCUAACGUAUCAAAGGAACAGCUAGCACCAAUGAGAACGUCUGACACCCUCAAAGAGGGACCACCUGUCCCACCUGUCCAUGCUUUGUCAAAGCUUGUGUCAACAGUAUUACUACAAUAAAGAGACCGCUGGGACAUUUGUGACCCAUGUUCUUUAAAGUUGGCUGGAAAAGUGAAAACAAAAUAAUAAAAUUCACUCUUGAAUCCUU